UUUCCACCGAAACGUGAAAACUCCCGAUGCUUCCACAUCUUCUGGAACUGUCUGGCCGAAAAAAGCGAAAAAUCAUCUGGAACUGGAACCCUUUGCAACGUUUUUUGUGUACUCUGUUUAUGUCUCUUCGUUUGUUGUUGCAGAGCAACUGAAGCACCGCAGAGCCUACAUGCGUGGAUUAGCUGCGUUGUCCCCUGCAAAGAUCAAGUUGUUCAAACAAGCCUACCCUAUGAAAGGGUCAUGGGGUACUGUGGCCACUUCAACACCAAAGAGACAAGGGAACAAUAUUGAUCCUGGCGAAGGAGGACUUGUUGCGAAACAGAAAACCGAACCAAUUGUUGCCUUCAGCAGGCCUCCGCCCCUUCCACCGGUUUUCGGACCAUUGGUUCUUCUCUCUCUGCUAGAAACGUGGUGGAAUCGCGAUAACAAUGAUGACUAAAAGGUGAUUUAUCUGUCCU